UUUUGUGAUUAAAAAGUCCAAAACAUCAUGUGAGAAAUGUAUUUGUUGAUGAGGUUUCAGUUGAAAUGCUGCUGUCUUGAGACAAACAAAAUGGAUCUAUGAUGUUUGUUUCAUUGCUGAUGUCAGAGUGCUACAUCUACAAUGAGUCUCUAUAAGCAGAAAGAAGAGGGUGAGGAGGAUGUUAAGACACAAAAAGCAGCAUCUCUAGAACCUAGCUGUGUGUCUAUGAAGAGUGACAGAUCUAUGUUUACUCCCCCUAGUUUCAGUCAUGGAGCAGUGACCUCUGACUCUCAAGUGAAGAGAGAUGAUGUGUUCAGAUCAGUGACGCACCGUCUGACCUGCACUAACACGGACUGUCAGACCCUCAGAAAGCAGAGAGUCAAAGACCAGCACAAAACCAGCAUGAAGAACAAGUAUGAGAGCUUAUUUGAGGGAUUCAACAAACAACAAGAGAAUCAAACCCUCCUGAACAGGAUCUACACACAGCUCUAUAUCAUAGAGGGAGAGAGUGAAGGAGUGAAUGAAGAACAUGAGGUUUUACAGAUGGAGAAAACACCCAGAACACAAGACACUCCAAUCUACUGCAAUGACAUCUUUAAACCCUUAAAUCAACCAGGAUGUGAGGUGAAAGACAAAAUCAAGACCGUUCUUACUAAAGGCAUCGCUGGAAUCGGAAAAACCGUCUCUGUGCAGAAGUUCAUUCUGGACUGGGCCGAGGGGGAAGCCAAUCAGGAUGUAGAUUUCAUGUUUGUGCUUCCAUUUCGAGAGCUGAACUUGAUUAAAGAUCAUCAGUACAGUCUUCACAGACUUCUGCUGGACUUUCAUCCUGAACUUCAAGAUCUGGACUCAAAGAUUUAUGAGGAGUGUAAAGUUGUGUUCAUCUUUGAUGGUCUGGAUGAAAGCAGAAUUAAACUGAUAUUUGCAGACAGACAGAAAGUUUGUGAUGUGAAUGAGUCUUCAUCAGUGGGUGUGUUGAUGUCAAACCUCAUCAGAGGAGACCUGCUUCCCUCUGCUCUCAUCUGGAUCACCUCCAGACCAGCAGCAGCCAAUCAGAUCCCCUCAAAAUACAUCAACCGUGUGACAGAAAUUCAGGGAUUCACUGAGCCUCAGAAGGAGGAAUAUUUCAGAAAGAGAAUCAGUGAUGAGCACCAAUUCAGCAGAAUCAUCUCACACAUUAGAAGAUCAAGAAGCCUCAACAUCAUGUGUCACAUCCCCGUCUUCUGCUGGAUCUCAUCCAAUGUGCUUCAGAAGCUCCUGAAAGAAGAAAUCCCUCAAACUCUGACUGAAAUGUACAUCCACUUCCUGCUGACUCAGAUCAACAUGAGGAACAAUAAGUAUGAUGAGCAAAAUCCAGAGAAACUCCUGAAGUCCAGCAGAGAUGUGAUUGUGAAACUUGCUGAACUGGCUUUCAAACAGCUGAUGAAGGGCAAUGUGAUGUUCUAUGAGGAGGACCUGAUUGAGAGCGGGAUAGACGUCACUGCUGCCUCAGUGUAUUCUGGGAUUUGCACUGAGAUCUUUAAGGAGGAAUCUGUGAUUCAUCAGAGGAAAGUCUACUGCUUCAUUCAUCUGAGCUUUCAAGAGUUUCUAGCUGCUUUCUUUGUAUUUUACUCACAUGUACUCAGGGAUAACGAAUCACUUAAGUUGCUUCUGAAUGAAUUUCACAGGAGCAUUUGUGAAAACUCUCUGUUUGAGCUGCUAAAAGCAACAGUUAAUCAAUCCUUGCAGAGUAAAAAUGGACACCUGGAUCUUUUCCUGCGGUUUCUGCUGGGUGUCUCUCUGGAGCCUAAUCAGAGACUCUUACAGGAUCUGCUGACACACACAGUGAACAGCUCAGAGAUCAUCAAGAGAAUCACACAGUACAUUAAAGACAAGCUCAAGGCUGAUGAAGGUCUCUCAGCUGACAGAUGCAUCAAUUUGUUUCUCUGUCUGCUGGAAAUGAAGGAUCAGACUCUGUACAGAGAGAUUCAGGAGUCUGUGAAAUCAGUCAAUCAACUCUCUCCAUCUCACUGCUCAACAAUCGCUUACAUGCUUCAGAUAUCAGAGGAGGUGCUAGAUGAGUUUGAUCUGAAAAAAUACAACACAUCAGCUGAAGGAAGAAGGAGACUGAUACCAGCUAUAGUGAUUUUCAGAAAAGCCUUACUUUCUUGGUGUAAUCUCACUGGCCAGUUCUGUGUAAGUUUGUCUUCAUCUCUACAAGCAUCAAACUCAUUGAAAGAGCUGGACAUGAGCAACAAUAACCUGCAGGAUUCAGGAGUGAAGCUUCUGUCUGAUGUACUGAAGAGUUCACACUGUCAACUCAACAUACUGAGAUUUUCUGGCUGUAAUCUCCCUGAUAAGUGCUGUGAAAGCUUGUAUUUAUCGCUUCAAUCAUCAAACUCACUGAGAGAGCUGGAUCUGAGUAACAAUGACCUACAGGAUUCAGGAGUGAAGCUGCUCUUUGAUGGACUGAAGAGUUCACACUGUCAACUUAACACACUGCGAGUGGCAGGUUGCAAUCUCAGUGAUCAGUGCUGUGAAAGUUUAUCUUCAUCUCUACAAUCAUCAAACUCACUGAGAGAACUGGACCUGAGUAACAAUGACCUGCAGGAUUCAGGAGUGAAGAUUCUGUCUGAUGGACUGAAGAGCUCACACUGUCAUCUCAGCAUAUUGAGAUUAUCUGGCUGUAUGGUGACAGUGGAAGGCUGUUGUUUUCUGGCUUCAGCUCUGACUUCAAACCCCUCACACCUGAGAGAGCUGGAUCUGAGCUACAAUCACCCAGGACAAUCAUUAGUCAAGCUGCUCUCUGAUCCAAACUACAGACUGGACAAACUCAAUGUGGAUCAUGGAGGAGAGAUCAGGAUUACAACAGGACUAACGAAAUAUGCAUGUGAUCUCAAACUGGAUUUAAACACAGCACACACUCAACUUGCCCUGUCUGAAAUAAAGAGAAAAGUGACAUUUGUGAGAGAGAAGCAGCCGUAUCCUGAUCAUCCAGACAGAUAUGAUAAGUGUUAUCAGGUUCUGUGUGAAGAGAGUCUGUCUGAACGCUGUUACUGGGAAGCUGAAUGGUGUGGGAGGGCAGUUUCUGUAUCAGUGGCAUAUAAAGGAAUCAGCAGGAAAGGAUGCAGUGAAAACUGCUGGUUUGGAUUUAAUGAAAAGUCCUGGAGUCUGAACUGGUUUAUUGACCGAUUCACUGUCAGUCACAAUAAUAAGUGCACAGAAAUAUCUGUCCCUUCACAUCGCUCCAACAGAGUAGGAGUGUAUCUGGACUGGUCGGCCGGCACUCUGUCCUUCUACAGUGUCUCUGACACACACACACUCACACACUUACACACAUUCAACACCACAUUCACUGAACCCCUCUAUGCUGGAUUUACAGUUUUUUAUGAUACUUCAGUGUCUCUGUGUGAGAUUAACUCUGAAAGAAAGUCAACCAGAGCUAAAAAUAACUAUUCCUCUUAAAUGUGACCCUGGAGCACAAAAGCAGUUUUAAGUCGCUUGUGUAUAUUUUUAGCAAUAGCCAAAAAAAAACAAAAAAAACAUUGUAUGGGUCAAAAUUAUCUAUUUUUCUUUUAUGCCAAAAAUAUUUAGGAUAUUAAGUAAAGAUCAUAAAGAUAUUUUGUCAAUUUCCUACCGUAAAUAUAUCAAAACUAAAUUUUUGAUUAGUAAUUUGCAUUGGUAAGAAAUUUAAAAGUGAUUUCCUCAAUAUUUAGAUUUUUUUGGCACCCUCAGAUUCCAGAUUUCAAAUAGUUGUAUCUCAGCCAAAUAUAGUAAUCACCUAACAAACCAUAUAUCAAUGAAAACCUUAUUUAUUAGGUUGAUAUAUAAAGCUAAAAAAAAAGAGACCCAUAUGACUGGUUCUGUGGUCCACGUUCACAAAUGUCCAUUACUUUAAACUGCUAAUUCAGUCUGAAUGCUUUAAAGAGUCUCAUAUUUAGGAGAUUUUAUAAGGUAUUAGUCUCAAAUAUGUCAUGUGUAACUGUCUUUGUAAACGGUGUAGCCUACCGUAUAUAAAUAUAAGCUAAGUAAAUACUGAUUACAAUUACUGCAACUACUGUACGGUUUUGUGUAAUGCUUUUGUAGUCAUUUAGCAUGCAUUUUCUCAGCAAUGUAAUUUGAUUUAUAAAAUGAGACAAACCGCAGAUCCAGAUCGCUCCACGUCUUUAUAAUAAUGGAUAAUGACAACUCCACUUAUUAUUAUUAUUGUCCAGUGAAAUUUGAACUUGUGCCAGUGUAUUAUACAGUAGCUACAUAACAAAAAGGACAAUGAUGAAUUAUGUAAUAUUCAAAUAAAAUUAAAUCGACACACUAGCCUUAAAUAUAAAAAUAAAGUUUAAAAUAUUGUUUAGUUUAUUUUUUACUUCCAACAACCCACUCGCUGAAACAAGGUUUCCGAACAGACUGUUGAGUCAGUCUAGCAAAAUGCAUUAAAACCCAUAGCAAUGCCAAAUAUUGACAGAUAUGUAAAAAUAAACAAGAAUUUUCAGACUUUGGAGCGAUUAAUUAUUGUUUUGUACAUAUUGUCAUGUAUGUCAUGUCAUGCAUUUUGUUGUAUUGACCACAACACCAUUGCUAUUUGUCUGAGAGGGCACUUUUGAAUUAUUUUGAAAAAGGGCAGGGGCUUAAGCCCCCAAAGACAAGUCAAGAGUCUUGGUGUGAUUUUGGAGAUAGACCUCUUAUUUCAGUAGUUUCAGUAGUCAUGCCAAAGCAGUAACUACAUCAGCAUACUAUCAUCUAAAAAAAAUUGCAAGAAUUAGAUGUUUUAUUUCCAGUCAAGACUUGUCCAUGCCUUUAUCACCAGCAGGGUGGACUAUUAUAAUAGUCUCCUCUCCGGCCUUCCCAAGAAGACAUUUAGACAGCUGCAGCUCAUCCAGAACACUGCUGCCAGGAUUCUGACAAGAACCAGAAAAUCUGAGCAUAUCACACCAGCCCUCAGGUCCUUACACUGGCUUCCAGUUACAUUUUAACUAAUUUAUAAAUCACUCAAUGACAUAGGACCUAAACGCAGAGCAGAUAUGCUCACGGAAUAUAAAUAGAGCACUCAGAUCAUUAGGAUAGAGUCAGUUAGAAAUACCUAGGGUUCACACAAAACAAGGGGAGUCUGCUUUUAGUUAUUAUGCCGCCCGAAGUUGGAACCAGCUUCCAGAAGAGAGCAAAUGUGUUAAAACAGUAGUCACUUUUAAAUCUAGACUCAAAACUCAUCUGUUUAGCUGUGCAUUUAUUGAAUGAGCACUGUGCAAUUUUUUAACUGAUUGCAAUAUAUUUUAUGAAUUGCACUGUUAUUUUAUGCAACCCGGAAUGAUUGUACUGUCUUAAAUUAAUUUUAAAUAACAUUUUUAAAUCAUUGUCAGAAUUUUAAAUACAUUGUUUUAUAUUUGUGAUUGUAAUUUUUGUAUGAUUAUUUUACUUUCGGUUAUGUAAAGCACUUUAAAUUACUUUAUUUAGUUAUUAAACUAAUCUUUUUUA